AUGGAAUUCCUCCAUCUGUCUGGCUAUGUAGUUUUUGUGUUUAAGGUGUUGUUUAUCGUAUCUAUAGUAAAUGCAGAGAGCUCUAUAGCUGCAAAUGCCACGCAGGGAAAAAGGCAUUCCGAAGAAUAUUGUGCCAUGUAUGACAUCUGUGGAGCACGCAGUGAUGGGAAAGUACUGAAUUGCCCUGUUGGAUCCCCAUCUGUUAAGCCAGACGACCUACUUUCAGCAAAGAUUCAAAGUUUGUGCCCAACUAUAACUGGAAAUGUCUGUUGUACAGAGCCUCAGUUCGAGACUUUACGGUCGCAAGUCCAACAAGCAAUCCCUUUUCUUGUAGGAUGUCCAGCAUGCUUGAGAAAUUUUUUGAAUUUAUUCUGCGAGCUUACAUGUUCUCCCAAUCAGAGUCAGUUUAUCAACGUGACUUCCAUUUCCAAGGUUGGAAAUAAUUUGACCGUCGAUGGAAUUGACUUUUACAUCACUGACACUUUUGGUGAAGGAAUGUUCGAAUCCUGCAAGGAUGUUAAAUUUGGUACUAUGAAUACUCGAGCCAUAGAAUUCAUUGGUGCUGGUGCCAAAAAUUUUAGAGAGUGGUAUGCUUUUAUUGGUAGAAAAGCACCUCUUGGUGUGCCAGGAUCGCCGUAUGCUAUUAAUCUGUCGCCUAGUGCUCCCGAGUCAUCUGGAAUGAAACCUAUGAAUGUGUCUACAUAUUCAUGUGGUGACACUUCGUUAGGCUGUUCGUGUGGUGAUUGUCCUUCAUCUCCCGUCUGCUCAAAUUCAGCCUCUUCUUCUCCUCACCAGGAAGGUUCAUGUUCUGUGAGAAUAGGGUCUCUUAAGGCAAAAUGUGUCGAUGUUGCUGUAACAUUAUUGUAUAUUAUAUUAGUCUCUGCGUUUCUUGGGUGGGGUUUCGUCCAUAAAAAAAGGAGAAGUUCUGAUUCGAGAACAAAACCAUUAGUUAAUGUCACCAAUGGUGGUGUUGUUCGUCAAGUAAACAGGCAGAAAGACGACAAUAUACCAAUGCAGAUGCUUGAGGAUGUUCCUCAAAUUUCUAAUGGCGUUCAACUUUCAAUCGUGCAAGGAUACAUGUCAAAGUUUUACAGGAGAUAUGGAACAUGGGUUGCUAGAAAUCCAAUGCUUGUGUUGUGUUCGUCACUGGCUAUUGUUCUUGUGCUUUGCUUAGGUCUUAUUCGUUUCCAAGUAGAGACAAGGCCGGAGAAGCUAUGGGUAGGCCCUGGGAGUAGAGCUGCCGAAGAAAAACAAUAUUUUGACAAUCACCUUGCCCCCUUUUACAGAAUCGAGCAGCUCAUAAUAGCCACAAUCCCAGACACAGGCGGAAAAGCACCGACAAUUGUGACAGAAAACAAUAUAAAGUUACUGUUUGAUGUACAGAAAAAGGUAGAUGCUAUUAAAGCUAAUUUCUCUGGUGAGAUGGUAUCUCUGACCGACAUUUGCAUGAAGCCCCUCGGCAAAGAUUGUGCAACUCAGAAUGUUCUUCAGUAUUUCAAGAUGGAUCCUGCAAACUAUGAUGGCUUUGGGGGUCUUGAACAUGUUGAAUAUUGUUUUCAGCAUUAUACUUCAGCGGAAACGUGUAUGAGCGCAUUUAAAGCUCCACUUGAUCCAAGCACUUCUCUUGGUGGUUUCUCUGGAAAUAACUAUUUGGAGGCUUCUGCAUUCAUUGUGACCUACCCUGUGAACAACGCAAUUGAUAAGGAUGGGAAUGAUACUAAGAGGGCAGUGGCAUGGGAGAAAGCCUUCAUUCAGCUAGCAAAGGACGAACUCUUGCCAAUGGUCCUGGCUAAAAACUUAACACUCUCAUUUUCAUCGGAAAGUUCUGUUGAGGAAGAACUAAAAAGAGAGAGCACUGCAGAUGCUAUAACUAUCUUGAUAAGCUAUCUUGUAAUGUUUGCUUACAUAUCUUUGACUCUGGGAGAUACUCCCCGUUUCUCCUCGUGCUACAUCUCAUCUAAGGUAUUGCUCGGUCUUUCGGGAGUUAUGCUUGUCCUGCUUUCUGUACUUGGAUCUGUUGGGUUUUUCAGUGCAAUUGGAAUAAAAUCAACACUUAUAAUAAUGGAAGUCAUCCCUUUUCUUGUUUUGGCUGUUGGGGUAGACAACAUGUGCAUACUGGUGCAAGCAGUUAAACGGCAACAGUCAGAAUUGCCUUUAGAGGGACGAAUUAGUAAUGCACUCGUAGAAGUUGGACCAUCUAUAACACUAGCAAGUCUAUCUGAGGUUUUAGCAUUUGCGGUUGGAAGUUUUAUUCCUAUGCCAGCUUGCCGUGUUUUUUCCAUGUUUGCAGCACUUGCUGUUAUGUUGGACUUCCUUCUGCAAGUUACUGCUUUUGUUGCCUUGAUUAUUUUUGACUUCCUGAGAGCUGAGGACAACAGGAUUGAUUGUUUUCCUUGUAUAAAACUCUCUGGUUCAAAUCCUGAUCCCGAUAAAGGCAGUCAUCUUCAUAAACCUGGACUGUUAGCUCGAUAUAUGAAGGAAAUUCACGCUCCCUUUCUGAAUAUUUGGGGUGUUAAAAUAGCAGUUAUCUCUGUCUUUGUUGCUUUUGCAUUGGCAAGCAUUGCCUUAUGUACAAGAAUUCAACCUGGUUUAGAACAGCAAAUUGUUCUCCCUAGAGACUCGUAUCUUCAGGGUUACUUUAAUAAUGUCUCAGAGUAUCUCAGAAUAGGACCACCACUGUACUUUGUCGUGAAAAACUACAACUAUAGUUCAGAUUCAAGACAAACCAACCAGCUUUGCUCCAUAAGCCAAUGUGAUUCUAAUUCUCUUUUAAAUGAGAUUGCAAGAGCUUCUUUAGUACCGGAGUCGAGUUAUGUUGCUAAACCCGCGGCUUCGUGGCUUGAUGAUUUUCUUGUUUGGAUCUCUCCGGAAGCUUUUGGAUGCUGUAGGAAAUUCACAAAUGGGAGUUAUUGCCCCCCUGAUGAUCAGCCUCCUUGUUGUUCGUCAAGUGAUGGAUCUUGUGGCCUCAGCACAGUUUGCAAGGAUUGCACAACGUGUUUCCGCCGCUCAGAUUUACAAAAUGCACGUCCAUCCACAGCACAAUUCAGGGAGAAGCUUCCUUGGUUCCUCAGUGCUUUGCCUUCUUCUGAUUGCGCAAAAGGUGGAAAUGGGGCUUACACAAACAAUGUCGAGCUUAAAGGCUACGAGGAUGGAAUCAUUCAAGCUUCAGCAUUUCGUACAUAUCACACACCACUUAAUAAACAAUCUGAUUUUGUCAACUCAAUGAGCGCUGCACGAGAUUUUAGUUCAAAAAUGUCUGAUUCUUUGAAGAUUGAGGUGUUCCCAUAUGCUGUAUUUUAUAUGUUCUUCGAGCAAUAUCUCAACAUAUGGAAGACGGCACUAAUCAACCUAGCUAUAGCUACUGGUGCUGUUUUCAUCGUUUGUCUAGUUAUCACAUGCAGUUUCUGGACUUCAGCUAUUAUUCUUCUUGUGUUGAUAAUGAUCGUUGUGGAUAUCAUGGGUGUAAUGGCAAUUCUGAAUAUUCAACUCAAUGCAGUGUCUGUUGUUAACCUCAUAAUGUCUGUGGGUAUAGCCGUCGAGUUUUGUGUGCAUAUUACACAUGCUUUCUUGGUAAGUAGUGGAGAUAGAAAUCAACGCAUGAAGGAGGCUCUGACAACAAUGGGGGCUUCCGUUUUCAGUGGAAUCACGCUCACGAAGCUCGUUGGUGUGCUUGUUCUUUGCUUUUCGAAGACCGAAGUCUUCGUGGUUUACUAUUUCAAAAUGUACCUUUCUUUGGUGCUACUAGGUUUCUUGCAUGGGCUCGUCUUUUUACCUGUAUUAUUGAGCAUGUUUGGUCCUCCAUCGAGAGGAGCUGUUCUUUUUUCUUUUUUCCGUGAUGGUUCGUUGCUAAAGGCGGGCCAGCCUGUGCCCAGUCGUUCUGGACCUGGUCAUUCUGCAUAUGUUACUGGAAUAUUACCCCGGGAUGAAGUCUGGUUCUAA